AUGUUUUUAGCAGCUUCAAAGGAGUUAACCCUUUUAACUUCGUGUCUGACUUCGCAUGGCACAGAAUGGCGAUUCAAUCCACCAGGUGCGCCGCACUUUGGAGGAAUUUGGAAUGCAGCAGUGAAGUCAGCAAAACACCACCUUCAGCGAGUCAUCGAGGAUACUACACUCACAUAUGAAGAAAUGAACACAGUUCUGGUUCAGGUAGAGGCCUGUUUGAAUUCAAGACCUCUUCAGUCUAUGUCCGAUGAUCCUGAUGAUCUAACGGCUCUUACCCCAGGUCCUUUUUUGAUUGGAGAAUCUCUCAACAGUAUCCCUGAGCCAAGGUACAUUGAAAUUACCUCAAAUCGCUUAUCUCGAUGGCAAUUGUUACAGGAAAUGCCAUGGUGA